AGUUGAAAGGGGGUGUCAGAAACAGUGAGGAGGUAGCCCUUUCCUGGGAUUCAGUGUCUUAGACAUCUCAGAGACGAGUGGACACACAGGCUAAAGGAUAGACAAAGCAGUGACUCUGGUUUCCGUGCUGGUCCUGGGGUGGUCCUGGACCCUUCAGGGGGACAAUGUACUCCCAACUCCUCUCUACCGCACGCAGGAGAACUUUAAUCUGUCCCGAAUGAUGGGGAAGUGGUAUGAGCUAGCAGUGGUUUCUACCUGUCCUCACUACAUGGAGCGAAAGAGGGAAAACCCUGUCAUUGUUGCAAUGGAGCUGCAACAUGUUGCCUCUGAGAACAACUUCACAAAGACGGCCUCUAGACUCAGGAAUGGCACAUGUACACAGAUGUCCAAAGUCAUUGGUUUGACCAACACUCCAGGACGAUUUUUCCACCAUGUGACAAGGUUAAGCGCAGAUGUUGAUUCCUUCUUGGUUGAUUCCAACUAUGAUGAGUACGCAAUGAUGCUUCAGCUGAGCACAGAGAAACCAUCAGGAAAUCUCACCACCAUAGUCAAGCUUUAUAGUAGGACUAUGGAUGUGAGGCCCGCUGUGCUGGAUGACUUCAAAACGCUGGUCAAACAUCAUGGGAUGAGUGAUGAUGCUAUCAUCAUACAAAAGAAUAAAGAUGAUUGUGUUUCAGGUGAGCAGGUGACAAAACCCAUCACUACUUAGCCUCAGGGUGACAGAUGAUGUAUAACAACUGAAGAAGAGGAUGAUCACAAACUUGGCCAUCAGGUCGUCACACUGAUGAUGUGUGUUAAUGUGUUAAAAGUGUAAAAAAAAGAAAGAAAUUCCUUACUGGAUUAAACCACACAAUUUUUUAGUACUGACUUCCUGUGGAUUCAGCACAUAAUGUGUAAUUUCCAUAUGUUACUAUAUCAAUACAGUAUUGAAUUUUCACAUUUCAAUGCUUGGUAUGUCAAAAUGCAUUUAUAAUGUAGCCACUUUGUAUUUGUCUGAGGGCUUCCGAUCUGUCAGAGUACUGAAACCCAUACUGUGGCCUAUAUCUUAUACUGCCAGGUUGUAUUACUGUUUGGCUUGUUUUGUUUUGCUAUUUCAAACAUGAUUGUUAAUAAUUAAUGUAAUAAAAGAUAUGCACAACUGAA